AUGUCCCUGAAGCCCCGGAUUGAUGGCACUGUCACGCAGAUGAACCUGGCGCAGAACAUGGUCCAUUUGCUGCAGCUGCUGAUCCCGGGCCCCAUCACGGAUGAACCGGUGCGAAUCUACAUGCGCUCAGUGCAGCAGGCUCCAGACAUUGCCAUCACCUUCGUGGGCUAUCUGAAUGCAGUGCGGAACGUGAUGGCUGCCGUAGAGGUGGAGGCUGAAGAGGUCAAGACGGAUCGGGCCCGGACCACGGGCUGA